GAGAGACACAAACAAAGCGAUCUUGGUACCGUACCCUUCAGCUUCAUCUUCGUGGGUAUGGGGUUCCUCUUUAUGUUUCGGCUGCUGGGGGAGGUGUCCAAGAUGUUGGCGAUGGUCUACUUGUCACUCUAUAUCAUCUAUGUGGUGCUGACGGUCUUCAUGCCCGUCCCCGACCCCGAGGCUGCCGAGGGCGGCGAUAUGGUGGACGAAAAGGCCAUAUCGGUGACGGUCACGGCCGCGUCAGCAAGAGACUUGUCGGCUGCCCGGCCGACAGUGAGCAUAUUCGCGCCACACGAAGAGGACGUGAAUGGAAAGUCCGGGACGACACUCACCCCGGGGACGCUGGGGCUGCCUCCACCCGCUGCCAAGACCGACAUCGGCAGUGAGUGGGGCUCACAUCACAGCUCAUAUAAGACAGACAGCCAAGAUAAGAUACAUACCCAUGUCUCUCUCCCCUCCUCUUUAUGUCUUUUGCGUGUGUGCUUAAUUGUGCGUGUUGAGAGCGCAAGUCGACUGUAGCCGAGACACUGCUGAACCUGAACAUGGGCAAGAGGCAGAGCAGGGUCGCAUCGGUCAUCGCCAGACAGUCGGGGGUAGACGUCCACCGCGCGAGUGUGGCCAUGGGGCGUGAGUCGUUCCGCAAGAGUGUCAUGGACGGCAUGUCUGCCACGGUGCGCCGGUCGACAGUGAAGGCGGCCUUCAGUCUUGAGAACAAGGCGGCCGAGCUGGGCUGGGCAGGUCUGAGCAUGCCCGAGAAGAUCCAGUUCAUCCUGCUGCUGCCCCUGCGACUCCUGUGGAACAUUUCCAUCCCAGUAUGUAUGUAUGGGUGUAUGGGUGUAUGUGUAUGGGGCAGGUGGGGUGUGGGCGCCCGUCCGUCCUUCCCUCUAUAUGCUGUCUGUCUCGUGUGUACACGAACCUCCCUGACUUUAUGUGUACUCAAUGCAAACGGGGGCAACGCAGAUUUUGUGUGUCCUUGUUGGUCUUGUCUCUUCAGAAUCCGGUGUCUGACCCCAACCCCGCGAUCCUGUCGGCCGCCCCAGUGGUCAUGGGUGCCCUCAUCGCUGCAUACACUUUCCGGCUACCAAGCAAGAGAAAUCCCGUCAAGGAGUACAUUCAUUCAAGUACAUACAUGUCGCUCUCUUGUGUGUCCAUUCAUUCAACCAGGAAUUUGGUGGAGAACCACGGCAAGAUGGGCGGCAUCGCCAUAGCUGCGGUGAUCGUCGUUGUGGGCGUGGCUGGGUCCGUCGGGAUGCACAUCACAUACGCCAAAAAUGCCGAGGAGUGAGCAUGAAAUCCCCGAGCCCCAUAUUUCAUGUCAUUUCAUACGGGUGUCUUGGUUGGUGUGUGUUCAGUCCGCUGCCCAAGUGGGUGGAGGUCUUGUUGGUGGUGUUUGGCCUCAUCAUGUCCCUAUUUUGGAUCAAAAUCGUGUGCGACGAGAUGGGUCGGUCAGCCAGACACACCACACCACGCCACGCCACGCCACUCCUGAAUGAAUGGAUGCAUCUGUGCUGAUGAAUGGAUGGGUGGGUGUAUAUGCAGUUGGGAUCUGCAGUCUGAUAGCGCAGUUGUUGAGACUAAAACUAGCGAUUGUCGGCCUCACCAUCCUGGCCGUGGGUGCGUCAGCCAUUGAGACACCUCUCUUGUCACUCAGCCUGGCGUACGUGACGCGGAUGAGUCGAUCCUUGUUUGUUGGUUGGUUUUGUAGGCAACAGCGUCGCUGACUUCAUGGCCUGUCUGGCCAUCGCAGUAAGCAGAUGCUGACCCGCUUAAAAAUGAAUGGAGCACCUGUGUCUCUCCUUCGUGCUUCAGCGGCGUGGCCGUGCGGCAAUGGCACUGUCUGGGAUCUUCGGCGGUCCAACAUUCAAUCUCCUCGUGGGGCUAGGUAGACAGACACCCUGCCACACAACUCACACACACUUGCACGAACUGGUGUCUGUCUGCCUCUCCGUUGGCUGGUGAUAGGAUUGGUGUUGGUGCUGCGCACAGUGAGGAUGGAGGGCGUGCAGGCCUUCGCGAUCAGCAGGGCGGGGUUCAUCUCCAUCAUGAUGGCAAUGACUAUCGGACCAGUCACCGUCUUCAUGGCCUUCAUGGUGAAGAAAAGAGCCACACACACACACACACACACACAGAUUCAUUAUCAGUAGUGCAUGCCCGUGGUGUGUGUGUGUGUGUGUGUGUGUUAGGAUAAGUUUCGGUUGUAUCGAAGGACGGCCAUCGUGCUGCUGAGCAUGUGAAAACCCCACGAAUGAAUACGGCCAAAGCACUGGUAGCUGUGUGUAUGUGUGUGCGGGGGUGGGGUUUGUGUGCAUACAGGUAUCUGAGUUGGGUGACUGUGGUGGUACUUCUGUGCAUGCUCAACAAGGAGUGAAGCACUCACACACGCACCCCUCCUGCCGAGGCCAGACGCGGAAAGGAGGACGGACGCAAUUGAAGGCACUCAUGCAUUUGUUAGGACGUUUUGUAUGUGUGCGACAUCAGUUAGAGACGAUGGACAACAGGUCGGUGCGACAUGUGAGGUGAUGUGUGCACUGAGUGUAUCGCGUUCAUUGAAU